GAGCAAUCGAAUCUUCAUCAAUAGCUCUGUAGCUUCGAAGACAUUGAUUCGGCGUCUUUUAAGUAAUUUGAAUCUGAUUCCUCCAUUAGAUCAGUUACUGCGACCAUAAUCAAUCAUGCUCAAUCAGAUCUUGUUCACACUUGCUGUAUUGCAGGCUCGCGCUGCAGCUGCUAAUUGUCCCUCACUGACCGCCAGCUACCCUGCUCCAUCAGUGGCCAGUGGCUAUGAAGCACGCCUCGUUGCACAGAACUUGAACAAACCCCGAGGCCUCUCCUUUGAUAACAAGGGAAAUCUUCUUGUUGUUGAACGUGAGAAGGGAAUCUCUGCCUUCAAGGUCGACAGCUCUGACUCUUGCGUCAGUCUGCAAGACAAGAAGACCAUCGUCGAGGAUGGCUCGCUCAACCAUGGAAUUGAAGUCUCGGAUGACGGAAAGACACUGUACGCCUCAACUAUUGACGAGGUCUUCAAGUACAAAUACGACUCUGGCAAGUUGUCCGUCAAUGGCAAAGGCGAAUCCAUCAUCAAUGGCAUGAGGACCGAUGGCACCGUCACACGCACUCUCCUCCUUUCACGAAAGUCUAAGAACAAAUUGCUUGUCUCAAGAGGCAGCGACGAGAAUAUUGACCUGAGCUCGGUCGACAUCAAUGGCGGCGAGUCCCAGAUCCGCAUCUUCGACCCCUCAAAGGCCGGUCAGAAGUUCACCGACGGCGAGACUCUCGCGUGGGGCCUGCGCAAUGCCGUCGGCCUCGCUGAACACCCCGACGGCGGCGGUGUAUGGAGCGCCGACAACAAUGCCGACAACAUCGAGCGUAACGGCAUGGAAAUCCACGAGAACAACCCUGCCGAGGAGCUCAACUACCAUGGAGUCUUAUCCGAUGAUCAAAACUCGCUCAAGAACAAGAACUACGGCUAUCCACUCUGCUACGGCGUGUGGGAACCCUCAGAGAUCCCCUCUGCGGGCAGGCUCGAGGUCGGUCAGCAGUUCGCCAUCGCCGCAGAGAAUGCUUCGAACCAAGAUGCAUUCUGUAAUAGCGAUCGUCAAGCCCCGCGUCUGGUCUUCCAACCACACACCUCGCCCAUCGAUCUCAAGUUCGACACUAAGGGCGAGAACCUCUAUCUCUCCCUGCGCGGAAGCUGGAACAAAGAAGAUCCUGUUGGCUACUCCGUGUCUGUCGUCAAGUUCGGAUCUGACGGACAGCCCACCGAGGGGUCUACUAGCACAAGCGCCCUGUCUCCUAUUUUGUCCAAUUCGAAUACAGACGAAUGCCCAGGGAGCUGCUUCCGCCCUGCGGGUCUGGCUUGGGACAAGAAGGGCCGCUUGUACAUGUCGAGUGACGCCACCGGCGAGAUCUACGUAAUCACACAGUCCAGCGGAAAGGCGCUCGAUACUCAUCUGCGAGCGAGCGCCGCCUCGUCUACUAGGCAGAACACAGCUGCCAUGCUUGCUACACUUACUGCGCUUGUAUUUGCGUACUUUUUGUAG